AUGGCGGAUUCAGUCGCGGCCUCUGACGCCAACGAGCCACCGCGAAAAAUCAUUCCACCGCCGCUACGUUCGCCGUCAUGGUUUUCCUCGCUGCCGAUAGAAAUCGUCUGGAAAAUCUUAGCCCACGUACCGAAACGCUAUUACCCAACACUCUCUUGCGUCUCCAAGAACUUUCGUUAUCUUGUAAAUUCGCCGGAGAUUCACAGGAUUCGGUCUCUACUCGGCAAAGAUUCUAUCUUUAUCUGCUUUAUCGACGAAACAAAUCGAGCACAGACCCGUAACUGGUUUACUCUCCGCAGGGUUGAGAAUCAUCCAACAGAGAAUCAGCUCGUCGUCUCCGUCGAUCUCGUGUUUCCUUAUGAUUACGAGCCCAACCCUUCCAUAAUCGCAGCUGGUCCAGAGAUCUUCUUUAUCUGCGGAUCAUUCAUUCCCUCAUCGAGGUUGUACAUCUUUGAUUCCCGAUCUGGAAAGUUACGACAAGGACCUAGUUUGAAACUGCAUCGAUCUUCCAAUACCGUCGGAUUCAUCGGCAAUAAGAUAUAUGCGAUCGGAGGAUACAUAGACGGUGUGAUUCAAGUGGAAUCUUUUGACUUAAAGAUGCGAACUUGGGAACAAGCACCGGUCCCUGAGGAACAAGGAUCGUGGUUUUGGGCUGCCUCUGUUUCAAUAGACAGGAAGGUUUGUGUGUUGGAUGUUCUUAAAGGCAUCGCUGUUUGCUACGAUACUAGAGAUGGUUCUUGUGAGAGUUUUGAGUUGCCUAAGGAUAAAUGGUGGGAUACAGGAGUGUGUGUGAAAGACAAUGUGCUCUACGUUUAUUACGCUAGAUUUGGGUUGAUGUGGUACGACACUAAGCUGAUGCUAUGGAGAGUGGUUUAUGGUUUGAAUGAUCUCAAGAAGGUUCGAUCUGUUGCAAUGGCGGAAUACUAUGGAAAGAUGGCGUUUUUAUGGGAAGAAUCUAGAGAUAUUAGGAGUGAAACCAAGGAGAUUUGGUGUAGAAUGAUUGCUUUGAAUAGGAGUGAAGUAGGGAUUCAUGGGACUGCAGAAGCGUCUAAACUUAUGGGGAGUGUCCCUCGUGGCUAUAAAUUUCAUGAGCAUUGUCUAUCUCUCUCAGAUUAA